UUCACUCGCAGACACACAAAGUCCUCGCAGCGCCGGGGAUCUGCGCCGAGGUGAUAAUCUGGACGGUUCCCCGGGGACAGAGCGCUGCACUGCCGAGGGCGACUUCCACUCGCAUCGUUCCUUCAAGUUCAGUAUUCCCCUUAAUCCGGCCUCGCCUGUGAGAGAGACUGAGACCUCAAGUAUCUGUCACUCGCCUCGGUUAUUCCUCCUUGAAACUACUUGCUGAUGACGUCUCGGUGAUCAGUAACCUGAUGCUACCUGCAGUCUGACAGUGACUCAACGAGGUCUCACCAUGUGCUUGUCCGCAGUAGGAGCCUUCACCCUGGUGUUGCUGCUGACUUUAGCUGAUGGAGUGAGAGGGAAGGAGCAGAGGACCAGGAGAGCAUCUGUGCCUCAGAUAGACUGCGACAUCAGAGCGGGCAAGGUGAAGGUGUCGGAGUUUGUGGCGCGCUGCCCACCAGGCUGCCUGGGCACGAAGCAGGCAGUGUGGGGCACGGAGAUCUAUGCUUCUGUUUCCAGCGUGUGUGUCGCUGCCAUUCACAGCGGUGUCAUCAGAAACAGAGGAGGAAAGAUCCACGUUCAGAAGGUGGCCAACAGCUCCAGCUACAGGGGGACCUUUUCCAAUGGCAUUCGCUCCUUGUCCCUCCCCAGGUGGAGUGAGUCGUUCAUUGUGUCAGCUCCCAAGCUACAGAAAGGAGUAACCUACCCAUCCAUCCUCGAGUUCCUGCCUCCGAGAAGCUCCAGGCUAAGAACCGCAGGGAGGCUGAAGACCACUCGGCCGCCGGCUCCCACCAGUGCCCAGUCGACCACCAAACCCAACACCGAGCGACCCGUGACCACCCGGCCGCCGGCUCCACUCGAAACCCACACCGCCCACCCACCCUGGCCAAGGGACACCUCUCGACAGUCGGCCCCCCACCGGCCAUCCCUGCUGGGCGGUAUGGAACCAGCUCUCCGUGAAUCAGGAGUGGCCGAAUUCACCGACAGAAGCAACCCUCUGCCACACGCAGCAGGGGUCCAUCGGUCAGAGCCAGCCAUCGCAAUGCGACGAGCGGGAGGCUUGGGUCCCAUUCACGGUUUCAGCAGACAGGCUCAUUUGGCGCGGCCCAGAUCGGACUGGCUGAUUGCUCCCGUAAAACCACGGGCUUACAGCUCUACUCCUGGGCUCUCUGACUACCAGAAGUGGGUCCUGGGCCUCGGUGAGGGCGCUCACAAUCACAACACUGAUGAAACAGAAAUUAAUUUCUGGAAUUCGGGCUUUGACGCCAGAGGUUUCGGCACAAGAGAUCAAGAAUUUGUCGAGGAGCCAAUUUCCCAAGGAGAUCCAAAUUGCAAGGUGGACCUUGCGUUCCUGGUGGACGGAAGCUGGAGUAUAGGAAGACGAAGAUUUGGAAUUCAGAAGAAGUUCUUGAUGAGUGUGGCAGAAACCCUCAAUGUUGGAAUUGAGGGUCCACUCAUCGGCAUUGUUCAGUUUGGGAGUGAUGCUAGUGUUGAGUUUAACCUCAAUGUCUACCGCAACUCCCAUGCUCUUAAAAAGGCCAUUGAGAGGAUUCCACAGAAAGGUGGCCUCUCCAAUGUGGGCCGAGCCCUCAAUCACACCAUCGGCAACUUUUUCACCAGCAAGCAGGGUAACCGUGGGGGAGCCCCUAACGUGGUGGUGGUCCUGGUCGAUGGGUGGCCCACAGACAAGGUCGGAGAAACUGCCCGCCUCGCCAGGGAGUCCGGCAUCAAUAUCUUCUUCAUCACUGUGGAAGGGGCUGAUGAAAAUGAACAGCAGAACGUGGUGGAGAAGGACUUUGUGGACAAGUCCGUUUGCAGGACCAAUGGGUACUUCUCCAUCUACAUGCCCAGCUGGUUCCAGCUGCAGCGAGUGGUGGCACCGCUGGUCAGCCGGGUGUGUGACACCAAGAAGCUGGCCUGCAGCAAAACCUGCCUCAACUCUGCCGACAUCGGCUUCGUGGUGGACGGCUCGAGCAGCAUGGGCACCGGCAACUUCCGCACUGUGCUGGAGUUUGUGGCCAACAUCAGCCGUGAAUUUGAGAUCUCUGAAACGGCCACCCGGGUGGGCGUGGUGCAGUACACGUAUGAGCAGCGGCUGGAGUUUGGUUUUGAGGAGCACAACACCAGGGAGUCGGUGGUGGGCGCCGUCAGGAAUGUCAGGUACUGGAGCGGCGGCACAAGCACAGGGGCGGCCAUCACUUUCGCUUCCAAACAUCUCUUCAGCAAAUCCAAACCCAACAAAAGAAAACUGAUGAUUGUCAUCACUGAUGGUCGAUCGUACGACGACGUUCGGACCCCUGCAGUUACCGCCCACGGGAAUGGUGUGAUUGCAUAUGCAGUUGGGAUUGCCUGGGCUGCGACGGAUGAGCUGGAAUACAUUGCCACCGACCCCGACAAGGACCACUCUUUCUUUGUCGACGAUUUCAACAGCCUGUAUCAGUUUGUGCCCCGGAUCGUGCACAAUAUUUGCCAGGAAUUCAACUCACAGCCACGCAACUAAGCAAACCCUGUCAAGGACUGCCAGACUCCAGCUGCUCAGCUACACUUACCAUUUUAAAAAAGGCAAGCUUCAAAUUAUCCAGCCUAUGGAGUAGACUUCGCUCCAUGUCUUUAAGUUUUCUUGCUGACACCAAUCUUUCUAAAGCUGCAGAACAGGAUGAUCUUCUGAAGUACAACCAUGUGAGGCACAUCCGCAUGGGGGCAGGAGGGUAUGUGUUGCUUCACUUGAUGUUACUAGUGGAAACCAUCCUUCAGGUCUGGUGGCCACGAUCCCAAAAUCUGUGAAGAUACCCCAUUCUGGAGGCCCAACUGUGGCAGUGAGGGAGCACUGGAUGACCCAUUUGCCUCUCCUCGAUCCCCCGGGGAAUGGGAGGAGUGGGGCAUUCAUUUCCCAUUACAGGCACCUUAGUCUGGGUGAGUCAGCUGCACUAACUUAUGAAGUCCAGCAGUGGGGGAAAGACAAAAUGGCCCAGAGUUUUUCCCCUCUCCUUAAGGAAUAACCAAGUACAGGAAAGAUAUUACACACAAAAUACCGGAGGAAUUCAGCAGUUCAGGCAGCAUUAAAAGAAGGGAAUUAGUCCCCAUUUCGGACCAAGACCCCCUGAAAUGUUGGCUCUUUAUUUCUCUCUAUAGAUGCUGCCUGAUCCGCUGAGUUCCACCAGCAUUUUGUGUGCGCUACUCUGGAUUUCUAGCAUCUGCAGAAUCUCGUGUUACAUUUAGGGUAUCAAAACUCUCAGAAGAAUUGUCUUCUGCCAGGUUGCUCUGGUAUGUGGAAGGGGGUGCAGUGGAAGACAAACGACAGAAGCUGGAAACCCACACCCACAACACCCUCAAAUGGCAUCUAAGAUGGGCAAAGUAAGUUUUCAGAAAAUCCAUGUACUAACAUUUCACAUUAUGUUGGGAAUAUCAAGAUGGAAUUCCAGUGUAACCAGACACCGAGGCAUUGGCCCAGAGAUCUCCGCACACUCAGUGUGUACAACUGAAGAGUCACUGACAAUGUUUGGAUGAUACUUUGACAUCCAGUCAUGGAAAUGAAAAGUCCAGUGGUUGUUUUAUUGAAUGAAUGCUCAUGUCCUGGUUAGUAAUUACCUUUUUCUCAUAGCUUUCUUUACACUGGAGAGUGCUGCUACUUUUUCACAUUACACUUUGACAGUGGAGUGGUGAUGUGACGGAGUGUGCCGCUGCUUCACAGCUCCAGUGACCCAGGUUCAACCUUGACCUCCAGUGCACAUUCUCCCUGUGUCUGCUUUCCACUCAUGUGCUAAUUGAUAGGUUAGUUAAUUGGCUAUAUUAAAUUGCUUCCAGUGUUGGCUCGGAAAUCAGGAGGAGCAAUUUAUGGAAAGGUGAGAGGGAAAAUUGGGAUAAGUGCAGAUGAAUGCUUGGUGUUUGGCACAGACACCUAGGGAUCCAUUUUGGUUUGAGAACAUAGAACAAUACAACACAGAAACAGGCCCUUCAGCCCUAAUUAAAUUAGUAAUCCAAUAGCUAACUAAUCCCUUCUGUCUUCACAAUGUCCAUAUCCCUCACAUUCACGUGCCCAUCUAAAUGUCACUUAAAAUGCCUUUACCAACACCCAGGGUAGCACAUUCCAGGCACCCACCACUCGGUGUAAAAAAACAAAACAAAAAACUUGCCCCUCACAUCUCCUUCAAACUUAACCCCUAGUUGUGAAACUAAAGUCAAGAAAAUAUAGUUAUUUCAGAUUAAAUUUUUAUAGAAUUGUUUAAAAUAAACUGGCUGGCUAAUCUCACUGGGGAAAGGAACCUCCCAAACUAGUUAUUAAAAUGGGUUUUAAAUCCUGGAACUCUCUGUUCCGUAACAGUGUGAGAGCAUCUUCACCAGAAGCACUACGAUAAUGCAAAGGGGAGCCUUAGCAUCAUCUUAAUUCAGGAUGGACAAUAAAAUGCAGGCCCUGUCACAAAUUACAUGCCAAAAAUAAUUUUAGAACACCCCUGAACUGACUCUACCCGACCAGCAUCAUGUUGCAACUCCUCUCCAUAGAUGCUGCCUGAUCCAGCAUUUGUGUAUGUCGCUCAAGAUUUCCAGCAUCUGCAGAAUCUUAUACCAUGGACAUAGGAGCAGAAUUAGGCCAUUCAGCCCAUUGUGUCUGCUCCACCAUUCCGUAUUGGUUGAUUUAUUAUCGCUCUUAACCCCAUCCUCCUGCCUUCUCCCUGUAACUUUUGACACCCUUAUAACAAAGAACCUAUCAAUCUCCGCUUUAAAUAUACUCAAUGACUUAGCCUCCACAGCUGUCAAAGGCAAUGAAUUCCACAGAUCCACCACACUCUGGCUAAAGAAAUUUUUCCUCAUCUGUUUUAAAUGGGUGUGAAUUUGAAGCUACAGUUCAAGAGCUGCUGUGUAUAUGUACAGUUAUUGUAUUUACUAAAAUGAAAUGUUGGAUAUAUGCAAAGUAAUUAUAGAGGCACAGUAGUCGAGGUGAGGUGAAAAAACAUGCACACUUUCACUAGACCUUGAGUGUGACUCCUACACAAUUUCUUAACCAAAUAAAAGUUGUGGGUAUUUCAACUCGGUGGUGUGUAUUUGUUGAGCAAAAAUGAAGAACAUAUUAAAAGGCACCAUGGGGUUGUAUUUCGAAUACAUUGGAGAAAAGGUUACAGUGAAAUAGCUGACAUGAUCAUAAUGGGCUGAAUAGCCUCCCUCUGUACUGCAACCAUUCUAUGACUCUAUAUCAAUAAAGAUUAGCUUUGUCAUAAGUACACCAAAACACAGUGAAAUGUGUCGUUUGCAUUAAUGACCUACAAAGUGUGCUGGGGGCAGCCCACAAAUGUCACACUUUCAGUGCCAAUGUAGCAUGCACACAAUUUACUAACCCUAACCUGUAGGUCUUUGGAAUGUGGGAAGAAACAGUAGCACCCAGAGGAAACCCACAGAGUCACAGGGAGCACAUGCAAAGCCAUUACAGACAGCAGCAGGAAUUAAACUACAAUCGAUCAAUGCUACCAUGCAGGUCAUUGAUUGAAUACCCUGACGUGAAUGGUUCACCUCCUGUAAUCCCCAAACCUCUCCUCUAUCUACAAAACACUAGCCGAGAGUGUGAUGUAACAUUUUCUAUUUAUCAGGAUGAGCACAGUUAAACAAGUCUCAAGUGGCUUCACACCACUUGGGGCAAAGCAGCCUGUUCAACUGACUAUUCACCUUUCACCCUGAACACAAACUCUUAUCACCAGCACAAAAUGGCUGCAAGGUAUACCAUCUACAAAAUGUCUUCUCCAACAACACCAUCAUGUAAAAAUGUCUACCUUUGAGAAUGAAGGUAGCAGCUGCAUAUAAACAUCUACAAGUUGCACACCAUCCUGACCUAGAAAUAUGUUGUCCGUCUUUUAUCCUUGCAGGGUCCAAAUUGUUGGACUCCCACCCCAGCAGCACUGUGAGAGGACCUUGAGUAGACCGAUCAAGCUCAAGGACACUUUGGGUUGGCAAUCUGUCACCCAGAUCCUGAAACUAAUUAAUAUUUAAAAAGAGAAUAUUCCCAAACUAUGAAAGCUGCUGUGCAAAUCUCAAUCUUAUCCAAACCCCUAUUAUAGCUAUUCCUUUUGUCCUCUCCAACAUUUUAUCUGCAACUUAAAACCUACCCCCAAGAUUUGCCCCUCAUCUCUGGCAGUUUGGAUGCCUUUUUAAAAAGAAACUCUUAUCAGCAGACAUUAGCAAAGCAAUCCACAAAAG